GUAUAUUUUUUUGUUAAAUAACCUAUUACCUACUAUGCAGGACUGGUGAUGGCAAAAUGUCAUUUUUCAUUCAGAAAUCGUGCAUCAUUUUUACAUUAUUUUACUUAACAAUUUUUAUACCCGAACUCGCGUAUACUGCAGAUGAAUGCGACAAAAUUCGAACUUCAGGAACCGGUACGGUUUUAUUCAAUCCCACCGAUGUGUAUAAAACCUGCUGGUCCCAAGAAGAAAUUGCAAUUUUAACAGCCCGAGUAAUAUUGGAAGAUGUUAUUCCCGAUCCAAAGCUGAUUUCAGUUCAAUGCAACAAUGAUAUUCAAGACUUGGUCGGAUAUUUCAAGGCACUUAUAGACACCAUUCGCUUCAAAACCAAAGCAAGAAAAAGGCACAUAUUGUUACUGGCGCUCACAGACUUGCUGGGAGGCUUUCUACAUCAUGCCCUCCUCCCGAUGGCUAGAAAAGCGUACUAUUCGGGCGCAAUCGAUUACAUUUAUAUGGAGAAGCUAAUUCAACUGUACGAAGAGCUGAAGUGGUUCUUGCGUACCAACGGCCAAGGCUGGGCAAAGCCGAUGACGAUAACCAAAGGAGUGAAAGUGCCAACAAUUGAAAUGGAAAUGUUGAAUUCGGUUUCCAAAAAUAACGAAUCGUGUUGUCAUAAAUUAAUGUACUAUGAGCGCGAACCCCUGAAGUCAAGAAAACGCUCAGUGACUCUAGAGAAGGGAAUUUAUUUUCCAUUGCCUUUUUUCGAUGCCAAAAGUCGACCCACAGCCAUUGCCCUUCCGCUCAAACACUUUGCGUUACGAAACAUUGAAUCCAAACGCGCAGCGUUUGUAAUAAUGAAAUACUUCAUAUCUGCUGAGCGAUGCUUGAAGGAGAAACAAGCAAAAACUGACCAGAUUCAGAAAUUUCAAAAUAACUUGUAUACAUGGAUUGAUAAAGAAGUUGUGCCUAAACUCAAAGAUGACAAGUUUUAUUCGGCCUUCGGAGGUGUUCUGAGAGUUCACAAUACCUUAAGAACAUUGGGAGCAAAGCUGGGAAGCAAAAUGUGCAACACUGACGAAGUAGAGGAAGAUGCAGGCGCCAUCCCGGGAGUUGCUUGCAGUUCAAAGCGAAAUAAACUCCUGCUAAUUGCAAUGCUGGUAAUCAUAGUCGCUUGGUUCGUAAUUGGAACAUGUUUCAUUUGCUAUCGAAUGAAGAACAAUAGACUAGCGAACCAACGUGGUGAAGAUGAGGGAAAACGCACAGACAGCUCAUCGUCAUUUACAUCAUCAAGAUGGUCUUCGAUGAUUUCAAAAUCUUCCUCAAAAACCGACAAGGGCCCUUUAUGCAAGUGCUGCGAAUCCACCAUCAGUGAACGGUCAACACCAGGUCUGUCAUCAACCAGCGAAUAUGAUUCAGAAAAAUUGAGGAAAAAAGAACGAAGAAACCCCAAAGCAUUUAGAGCAAGUCACCAAAAAGAUACUCAAAGUUCGCCUUGCGUGUGCCCUACCAAUGAUAGUCCCGCAGUUAUAGAUGCCAAUCACUCUAUGAAAGUUUUACCGUCUAUUGCCGAAAUGUCUGAACAAUCGCUGCAAAAAGAGAAAAAUGGAAGCUUUAGAAAAAUAUCAUUCGCUGAUGAAUCCGGAAUAUCGAGUAGUGAUGGAGGAAUUAAAGUGUGUGCCCCACCUUGGGCUCAAACAAAAAAUACAUCUCCCUGUCCGAUACUUUCCGGAAAAGCAGCCCUCUAUUCUACUUCAAGAAGUACGACUGCAAAAAGCCAAGCUGUAAUGGAAAGUUCGAAAAUGCCAUUAGUUAAUCCUACAGUUGAAGAUCUAGGGAUGCAACCAGAAUCGAAUGAAUUCAAACAAUCCCAUGGGUAUCGUUUGGGUAAAAGUAGCUCAACUCAGUUUAACGCAUCCGGAAAUAUUUCAAAUGAAAUUCGAGUUUCCAAACAGUACGGCCCUUCUUACACAUCAAAAAUGGAUAAAACUGCUAAUCACAUAAGCCCAUCAAUCGUCGAUAAUCCUCCAUUGAAACAUAAUGCUGCGGAAACAACUAAUGACUAUACCACAUCCAACCAAUCCACUGUUUUCGAAAAUUCUCCUAGUAAUCCGAUUACCGUUACUAGUGGUACAGGCGAAGAAUACAACGAGGAAGAAAAACCUACAGGUAACGAUAAUAAUAAUUCCAAUGAAGAUCCGAGGGCUAAAGAAAAGCGAAACACUCUUUAUGACUAUCGGGCCGCAUGUCAUUCGAGCAUGAGUGGCAGUUAUGAUUUAUUUCAUAAACCCGAUCAUAAUAAACCGUACAUUUUUGGAUACGACUUCCAAACUUCUAGUUCUUCAGAAGUUAGUGAUGAUGAUGAUUCGAAAUAUUAAACAGUGAAACGUACAGUUGCUGAGGGCAUUAUAAGCCAUUAAAGAGGUCUAAAAAUA